GAAUUAAAUAAGUUUCAGCUUGACACGGUGUAUCUCACGAGUCACGUCACGAGUUCAAAAUGAAGUCGGUCCUUACCAACCCGCCAAUCGCCAUGGAACUAUAACGCAGUAACACAGGCGUUUGGGAAUUCGGUAAUCAUCCUCUAAUUCGUUCUAUCCAGUAUCCACAUUGUUUGAAUCACGUUUCCUCUCUUGCUCUUUCAGGAAAGGGAUUUUGAUACAUCUAUCUUAUUCUGUUUGAAUUUUCGAUGGGAAGAUGAACACGGAGCUGUUGGAGAUUCAACCUGAAGAAGUUAAGUUCAUAUUUGAAUUCCAGAAACAAAGCUCAUGUUGUAUUCGACUGACAAAUAGAUCCGAUCACCAUGUUGCUUUUAAGGUUAAAACCACAUCUGCAAAGAAAUACUGUGUCAGACCACAUACCGGAAUCAUUAAGCCAAAUUUAACAUGCUCUUUCACAGUUACUAUGCAAGCACAAAAUGCAGUGCCUUCUGAUUUUGUAUGCAAGGACAAGUUCUUGAUUCAAAGUACAAUUGUUCCCAAGGGUACAAAAGAGGAGCAUAUCACAUCUACAACGUUUUCUAAAGAGGAAGGAAAGCAUAUUGAGGAAAAGAGGCUUCAAGUGAUCCUUGUUAGUCCACCCUCCUCACCUGUGUUAUCUCCAAUGAAUGAGAUAUCAAGGAUAAGGCCAUAUAAUGCAUCCCCAGAAUCAAAUGAUGAGUUUGCUCAAAGAUAUAGCUGUUAUGCACCUGUUGAGGAGGGAAUAGAGGUGUCAAAAACUAGAAAGAGUGUUUGUGUAGUGGCAAUGAAGAAGGAGCAAUCUUUAGCAAGGAAGCAUACAGAAGAGCUGAGAUUAUCAAAUGAUGUGGAAGAGAUGAAGUCAAAACUCAGAGAACUUGAGUCACUGCUUCGACAGGAAAAGCUUAGAAAUAAUGAAAACACAAGAACAAAAGGGCAGAUUGGAUUCCAAUUCCUGUUUGUUGUUGUGGUGGGACUUUCUGGGCUUUACCUUGGAUACAUGUUGAAGUCUUAACCGAUUAAGACUUAAGACUUAAGACUGCAUGCUUAUUACCAGAGGAAGAGACUUAAAGUGACGGUUUUGAAGCUUGAAGAGAGAUUUGGAGUUCAUUGCAAGUGCUGUUGAGAGUUUGGAAGUAUAAAUCCACAUUUUGUUCUGAUGGCAAAUAAGAUCAAAUAAGAAAACACAACCAUUUAUUUUGUCACAUUUAGAAAAAACUUUAUAUUUUAUUUAUAUAGAAAAAUCUUUACAUUUUCGGUUACC